GCAGCAUGUCGAAUCAGUUCUGUGUUGGCCUUGCCCUUGUCGGGUAUCGGAAGGUAAUCGUGCCUCCUGCUAAGUGACUAGAUAUCUGAGUGUCCCUCGCAUAUCGGUAUUCUUGUUUAACUGGAGAUGAAGAGGCACCUGGGCCGCGGCGGCCUGCUGAGCUGGGCGCUGCAGCUGCUGAAGACGCUGCUGUUGCGCAUCAUGUCGCAGUUUAAAGCCGAGUGCCGAAUGAAAGGCAACUAUCCAUGGCAAAGCUUGCAGAUUGUGCCCAAAUAUGUGCCCAUACCUCGCGUCAAGGGAUUGCCCAUCGUUGGCACACUGUUCGAUUUAAUAGCUGCCGGCGGAGCACCACAAUUGCAUAAAUAUGUGGAUGCCCGACAUCGUCAGUAUGGAGGCAUCUUUCGUGAACGCUUGGGUGGCACACAGGAUGCAGUGUUUGUAUCAUCGGCCAAUCUGAUGCGCAGCAUCUUUCUCCAAGAGGGUCAUUAUCCGCAGCAUCCGCUGCCGGACGCCUGGACAUUCUACAAUAAACGACAUGCCUGCCAACGUGGACUCUUCUUUAUGGAGGGCGCGGAGUGGUUGCACAAUAGGCGUAUACUUAAUCGGCUGCUGCUCAAUGGUAAUUUGAAUUGGAUGGACGUCCAUAUUGAGAGCUGUACGCGACAUUUGGUGGACAAAUGGCUGGCAGAGACAGACGAGGCACAACGAAAUGGAAAGCACUACGAGCUGCCCGAAUUGGAGCAGCAAUUGUAUCGUUGGUCUAUCGAAGUGCUCUGUGGCAUCAUGUUUGGAUCUAGGGCCUUGGCCUGUCCCAAAAUGCAAUCCGCUCUCGAUCAGUUCACUCAGAUCGUUCACAAGGUCUUUCAGCAUAGCUCUAGAUUGAUGAACUUUCCGCCGAAAAUGGCGCAGUUGCUAGGCCUACGAAUUUGGCGGGACUUCGAGGAGAAUGUCAGCGAGGUGCUACAACAAGGCGCGGCAAUCAUAGAGCUCUGCAUCAAUAAACAGCAAGAGGACAUGAUCAUGAAAUCGGAAACCGAGCGGGAGGAGGCACUUUAUCACAGACUACAGGCUGCUGCGGUGCCCAGUGAGAUGAUCAGGCGCAUUUUUCUGGAUCUGGUCAUAGCAGCAGGUGACACGACCGCCUUCAGUAGUCAGUGGGCGAUGUAUGUCCUGUCCAAAGAUCCUGUGCUCCAGCAACGCAUCUCGAAGGAACGUGCCGCGUCCGAGUCGCAGCUCCUGCAUGGUCUGAUCAAGGAAACACUUCGCCUUUAUCCAGUUGCCCCAUUCGUUGGACGCUACUUGCCACAAGAUGCACAAAUCGGGGGUUAUCAUAUCGAGAAAAAGACCUUGGUGCUAAUCUCUCUGUACACAUCUGGACGUGAUCCAGCACAUUUUGAGCAACCACUGAGAGUUUGGCCCGAGCGUUGGUUUCUUAGCGAGUCGGAGCAAGUACAUCUGGCCCAUGGCAGUCUGCCUUUCGCCAUUGGCCAGCGUUCCUGCAUCGGUCGGCGAGUGGCACUCAAGCAGCUCCAUUCCCUGCUGGGUAAAUGCGCAACCCAAUUCAGGAUGAAGUGCCUCAAUGAGAAGCCCGUGGACUGUGUGCUCCGCAUGGUCACCGUUCCGGAUCAAACUCUCCGAUUGGCUCUUACACUCAACCAGUCUAAUUAACAAACCUUUUGCAGAUCAUUAUUGUCCCUUAAAGAAAUGUGAUCUUAUUCUAUUCUUAUAGCCUCUGAACACUUCAAAAA